AUGCGCCACCACUCCGCCGUCUCCGCCGCCGAGCAAGCUCUCGUCCUCCUCAAGCACAACCGCCCCCUCGCCGCCGACUUCCAGCCGGCUUCCGCCGUCCAUCUCCUCCGCCACCUCCUCUCCUCCCCUUCCCUCCCCCGCCGUCGAUCCCUCUCCCUCUCUUUCCUCCGCGCUUCCAAACCCUUCCCUUUCUUCUCCCCUCCAUCUCCUCCCCUUCUCCUCCUUCUCCUCCUCCACCUCCUCUCCUCCCUCCGCCUCUACUCCCCGGCCCUCUCCCUUGCCCGAUCCCUCCUCCACCUCCACCCUCUCCCCAAUCUCCUCCCUUCUCUCCUCUCACUUCCUUCUCCUCCCUCCCUCUCCCCUCUUCUCAACCUCCUCAUCAAAUCCUACUCCUCUCUCGGUCUGCACCCUCAAGCCAUCUCCAUCCUCGAUUUUGCCGAAUCUCAUGGCUUCUCCCUCUCCAUCCUCGCCUACAACUCCGUCCUGGACUCCAUAUUCCGCGCCUCGCCACCACGCAGUGAUGCAGCUCACCAAUUCCAUGACCGGAUGGCGAGAUCAGGCGUAUGCUUCAACGCUUACUCUUACAACAUCUUGAUUCGAGGUUUCUGCGCUUGGGGUGACCUCCCUCGCGGCUUCUCCUUCUUCCAUGAGAUGGUGCAGGCGGGGUGUUCGCCGAAUUGCGUCACUUACAACACUUUGGUUGAUGCUUGUUGCAAGUCUGGGAGGACUGAUAAGGGCCUCCGAUUGGUGCAGGAGAUGCUGGAAAAUCAAGUAAUGCCCAAUGUUGUUACUUAUAAUGCUGUCAUUAAUGGUUUGUGCAGGGAGAAGAGGGUGACGGAGGUUGAUAAGGUUGUGGAGGAGAUGGUGAGACUAGGAUUGGCUCCGGAUGAAGUCACUUAUAAUACUAUCAUGAAUGGUUAUUGCAAAGAAGGAGAUGUGCAUAGGGCGCUUGUUGCGCAUGCAGAGAUGACUCGCAGAGGGCUGAAGCCGAAUGUUGUCACAUAUACUUUAUUGAUCGAUGCAAUGUGUAAAGCAGGGAACUUGAAGAAGGCAAUGGAGUUUGUUGAGCAAAUGCGCGAGAGAGGGAUUGGAUUGAAUGAGGUGACUUAUACUGCACUAGUUGAUGGUUUUUGCAAGAAAGGAUUCUUGGAUGAUGCUGUUGUGGUUUUGAAUGAGAUGAAGAUGAGUGGGAUAUUGCUGUCAGUUGUGUGUUAUAAUGCACUUGUUCAUGGGUACUGUGAGCUGGGGAGAAUGCUUGAAGCAGAGGGAAUUGUUCGGGAGAUGGAGGGGAAUGGACUGAAGCCAGAUAUGGUGACCUUUGGCACGUUGUUGAAUGGCUACUGUAAGAAUGGGGAUUUGGAAAGGGCAUUUAAGUUGAAUCAAGAGAUGCUUGAUAAGGGCACCUUGCCGGAUGCCAUUGCUUAUUCUUCACUCAUUAGGGGCCUUUGUGAGGCGAGGAGGCUCGAUGAUGCAUUUGGUCUUUUUAAGCAAAUGCUGAGCGUGAACGUAUUACCUGAUGAAUUCACUUACACAACAUUGAUUGAUGGUUGCUGCAAAGAAGGGGAUGUGAAGAAGGCUUUUGCCCUUCAUGAUGAGAUGAUACGGAAAGGAAUUCUUCCUGAUGUUGUAACAUACAGUGUGCUUAUAAAUGGCCUGAAUAAAACUUCCAGAACAAAGGAAGCGAGAAGGCUGUUGUUUAAGUUGUACUAUGAGGAGCCUGUUCCUGAUAACAUCAUGUAUGAUGCACUGAUGGAUUGUUGCAAUAAAGCUGAUUCAAAAGGCACUGUAUCAUUGAUUAAGAGUUUUUGCAUGAAAGGGAUGAUUACUGAAGCUCAGAAAGUGUUUGACUCAAUGACAGAGAAAGGUGGAAAACCUGUUGAGGCGGCUUAUAAUGUGAUUAUCCGUGGUCAUUGUCGUGGUGGAAAUGUGCAUAAGGCUCUGGCUUUAUACAAGGAUAUGUUAAAGCUAGGAUUUGUUCCUAAUGCAAUAAGCAUCAUUUCUCUUAUCAAAGGGCUUUCAGAUGCAGAAAUGCAGACAGACUUAAAUGAAGUCAUUCAAGAGUUGUUGAGAGGUUCUAUGCUAACAGAUGCUGAAACUUCAAAAGUUAUUAUUGAAGUAAACCACAGGGAAGGCAACAUUGAAGCUGUGCUCGAUGUACUUACUGAGAUGGCAAAUGAUGGGCUCCUUCCAAAUGGUUCUGUUAACAUAUAAUCUUGGGGAUUCACUUGUUCAAAGUGCUGGUUUUGACAAGCAGCUUAAGGGUUGACAAACCAGGAAUCAGGUCUUCAUCCAAGUUUGUUGAAGAUUCUCCUAGAUUUCAGGAUUAGUGGACAAACAAUUGGAAUGACAAAGCCUGGCUUAGUGCUGCUGGGUGUAAAGCAAUUCAUCUUGUGGUGAUGUGGAUGAGAAACUUGUAUUGGAACAUUGAAAUGGCCAGGCAUCCUUUCCCCUUGAAUUAGAUAUUAGAUCUGUCUAAUGUUGUGGCUCUGGUGAGAGCAGCAAAAAAUGCAAUGCAAUGUUGGUUUGCAUUGGAGGCUGCAUGCGGUCCAGCGCAGCCCUGCAGGUCCCUAACAAUAAGCUACAUACUUUCCCCUGAUUUCCAACAUGUAACUUCUCCUCCAUGACCAUUUCAUUUCCCAUUCCUACAAUGCCCUUACUUCUUCCCUAGACUCUUCUCUGUCUUAUCUUUUUUAAGCCAAGGGUAGCCUCCUCUGUUGCAUGGUAAGCAAUAAGCAUGCUCCCUCACUUCCUGAUUGUCACACAAAACUUCAUUGCAUGGAAUCAUCCCCCUUCUAGAGGCACAGGCAUGGAGUAUUUCUCCAUUAAAUGGAGGAGGCCACACCAAGCUUGUUUGCAUGGCUACUUACAUGCUUGCAAGAUCAUCAAUGGAUGCACUCCAAGGACUCACUUGCUCUCCGUCUUACUCUCAGAGCCUUGUCAUUCUCCCAACCUCCCUUUCUCUAUGGCCCUUCCCUCCCUUCCUUUUUGCACUGACAAAGAAGCCAACAAGCUCCAUGACAUCUUAAUGUUAAUCUAGUUGGAAAAGAAGGUGCAUAUACAUUACGGGUGCGUUUGGAUCACGGAAUGGGAAUGGGGAAUGAGUAUGGGGGGAAAGGAAGUAGGGUGAAUGAAAAGGAGAGAAUAAAAAACCAAUGUUUGGUUUGAAGGAAUGUGUAUUGGGAAUGGAGAAAAGUAUGAGAGAGAAAUUGUGUAAAUUACUUAUAUGCCUUUUAAUUAAUUA